UUACCAGCUUUGCCUUCACACUACUGCAGAAAAAAUAGCACAAGAACAUAUUUACCGACAGAAUUUCGUAAUAUUUCAAAUUUGUAUAGAAUUUAUAAAGAGACUCAGCUUGCAAAUGGCAACGUCUACGCUGGAGAAAAACUUUUCAAAAAAAAUAUUCAACACUGAAUUUAAUAUUGGAUUCCAUUUCCCCCGCAAGGAUAAGUGUCUGAAAUGUACACAAUAUGAGAAUAAUAAGAGUUUUGAUGAAGAAGCAAAACGGAAGCACUUAAUUGACAAAGAAGAAUCUGCUGAAAGGUUUAAAGCACAUCAAAGUAUUUACAAUAAAGACAAUAGUGUUUUAUGCACAUCAUUUGACCUUCAAAAGGUGUUGAAUACGCCCCACGGUGAAAACAUGAUGCUGUAUUAUUCGCGCAAAGUGGCUGUAUAUAAUUUAACAUUCUAUGAAUCAGGCACUAGAAACGGGUUCUGCUACACAUGGUCAGAAAAUAAUGGAAAAAGGGGUGCCAAUGAGAUAUCAUCAAUUUUGGAGAAGUACAUCAAAAAUGUGGAUCUAAGGGGUACAGUGAAACAUUUAUUACUAUAUUGUGACUCAUGUCCGGGGCAAAAUAAAAAUAAGAUAGUAUUAACAUGUUUAAAUGAAAUACUUAAGAAGUGUAACACUCUCCUAUCAAUUCAAAUAAAUUAUUUGCUCCCAGGGCAUACCUAUAUGCCGGUUGACUCCAUGCACUCCGUUAUAGAUAAAAGCUUAAAAGGCAUUAUAGUGUGGGCACCGUCGCAGUGGAGCACAAUUUUUACUAUGUCUAGGAAGUCACCAAGACCAUAUGAAGUAGAGGUCCUUAAUUAUGCAGAUUUUAACAAAUGGGACACAGUUGCUGAAAAAUAUUUCAAAGCUAAUUUAGCCGGAAAAAUUAGCAAUUUAAGAACAGUUACAUUUAAAAAAUCGGUGGCAAAUAUGGCUUUGGUGAAAUGCUCCAUGAAUCCGGAUGCGCAAACGGAACAAAUCGAGGUAGUGAAGAAAAUUAAUAACCCACAGCUUAAACGAUGCUACAAAGCGAUGCUGCCUAUUUGCAAGAAGAAAUACACGGAUCUGAACAAAUUGUGCUCCAAUAAUGUGAUACCAAUUACUGUGUAUCAUACGGAAUAUCAAAAUAUGAAUAAUGAUCCCAAAGUUCAAAACUGCUUGGCUGAAACAGACGAGGAAGAUGAUGAUGUAUUGGCCUAAGAUAGAAGUGGAUCCAACGCACCUUUUGCUAUUUUAUACUCGUUUUUUUUUUAAAUACCGUCGAAAACAUGACGUGUUAGUUAAUGAAGAUUGUUUUGAUUACAAAUUUAUUUUAUUUUUAAAUGUCAAAGACUGAAAGAAACGUUGAUUCUCAUUUUUUUUAUUUCGUAAGCUUAUUACUAUUAUUAUUUUUGCCAAAGAGACUUUUUGUUUAAAAGGAGUAGAAUUAUACCUAAAGUUUAUAACUUAAUAAUAGGAUUAAAUAAAAUAAAAAUUAACAGCUGUAUUUUAAUUUAUUUCUCGAAACAAUUUCCCUCUUAAUUCAAAUAGGAGGCCUUUGCCCAGCUAUCUAUCCAAUUUAAGAGCUGAGCUCUAAUCAGAGGAGGCAGCCCAGCUCAAGCCCAUCUCAAUGCCAGACUAAUUACGUAAGAUUAUUUAUUAAAAAAAAAAGAUAGGAAUUUUCAUAAUCAUAAGCAAUUAAGACUUUACUCUUACACAUUAGUAAUGGAGUAUACGUUAUUAUUUAUGGUUCAAGUAACUUUAAUUUUCGGCACUACAGUAUUUAUGUAUUGUGUAUUAACUGAAGUUAUAAGUAGUUAAAGGUGUGAUUAGAUAAAAUUAAUUAUCCCUUACGUCUUUUUACUCGAAAAAACUAUAACAAUAACCUACCUCUAAGGAUUUUUACUGAUUCAACAUAAUGAGCCGAUCACUUUUUAAGUUGUUUUAACACGAUGAAACCAGACUUGUAAAAGUCCUUUCAGUAAUUUAAGAUUACGAA